AAGUAAUUUAUGUGAAAAUGAGUACAACGGAGUUGUGGUUCGACGAUUCAUCGGACGAUGAAAGAUUAGUGGAACUAGCUAGAAGUAGAAAACAGUUGAGGGACGCCUCCAACCCCCUAGAAAUGGCUUCCACUGAAUUUUUAAAGAACUUUAGAUUAUCUAAAGAGGCGUUUGUGAACCUACUGUCCACUACAGAAAACCAGUUGCAGCAGUGCACCCGAGCCAAAUCGAUUCCUAAUAUUUUAAAGCUAGCCACAGUUCUGCGAUUUUGUGCUCAGGGAUCGUACCAAUUGAGUAUUGGUAAUGAAGGUAUGAUAGGACUUGCUCAACCCACUGUGUCUGUUGUGCUAUCAGAAAUAAUAGAUGUCCUGGAAAAUUAUAUUUGCCAAAGAUGGGUAAAAUUUAGUAGCACAGAGGCUGAUCUGCAACAAAGAAAAGCACAUUUUUAUAGCAAAUACCCAACGAUGAUGCUGAAGAUAUUGAAGUGGAGUCAAAUAACGGAGAAGCAGAAAACAUAAGAAAUGAAAUUCUUAGAAUAUUAUAAAAAAAUCUAAAAAGUAUUAAAUAGAAACCUUUAUGCCACAGUUUCUGUUUUAUUUUUGUUAUAAAUUUUCUUUAUUCAGUUAUUCGUUAUUCGAAAAAAAUAUGUAUUUCAGUUCUACGUAUUUCAAUUUGCUAUUUAGUUCAAAAUCAAUCUCAUUUCUUUAAUAAAAAACAUUAAUUCAUUUGUUUAACCUACUUUAAA